AUGGUAGCUUUACCGAUAAAGUCAACACAACUCUUCAAAAUUCUGUUUUGUUUUCAAAUUCAUCAAAAUAGUAUCAAAGUCUCUUAAAUCAGUAUGAUGGAUGAAGCUAGUUAUCGUUCUGAUUUGAUUCAAUGCCGUUUACAAAGUAAAAUCAGAGGACUAAAUCAAAGUGCCAAAUGGGCUUCUGAGUUGCUGUUUUCUCUUCCUAGAUCUUCCACACCGGUGACAGCAUCUGAUAUUUGCUUGAAUCAUGAUGCAAUAUGUGAACCCGACUAUGCUAUGGGUAAGGAUUGCUUCGAUUGUGCAGAAUAUGAUAGGUGUGCUUACUUCUGUCGGAACUCGACAUCGCGCGAAGGAAGAUUUUUACAUUACUAUGCAAGAUACAUGGCAGCUGAGAAAAAAAGUUUGGACAUGAUGGUCGACACUAAUCCCUUCACAUCAAGCGCUCCUCAUGAUAAUAUAACAUCUUUGUAUACUGAGAUAAGAUCGGAAUUGAAUAACAGCCUCAUCAAUGGACAACUAACUGACGGAUACUUGCUCUACGUUUAUGGAAUAACUUUACUUAAACUUGAUCUGAUCGAAGAUGCCAUUUCAGCUCUAGCUCAUUCUGUUCACUUUGAACCAUUGAAUUGGGCAUCUUGGCAACAGUUAGCUGUGAUAAUCGCCGAUAGAACUCAAUUAGAACAACUCGAUCUGCCUACGCAUUGGUUUAAAAAGAUUUUUCUAGGUGCUGUCUAUCUGGAACUACAGUUGAACGAAGAAGCAAUGGCAUUGUAUACUUCUCUUUUAGAUACUUUCAAAGAUUCCAACUAUCUAAAGAGCCAAAUGGCGAAUGUCAAACAUAAUUUGAGGCAUGUUGAUCAAGCGAUAGACCUCUUCGAUACUAUCAGGGAAUCUGACCCGUUCCGUCUUGAUGCAUGGGACAUCUACAGUAAUUUACUUUAUGUUAAAGAUAUGCGUUCAAAGUUAAGCUCGUUAGCUCAUGCUGCGAAAAAUAUUGACCCUUUUAGAGUUGAAUCAUGUUUCUGCAUAGCAAAUUUCUACAGUCUCCGUGGUCAACAUAAGAAAGCAGCUGAUUACUUUUCACGUGUAUUGCAGCUGAACCCUCGUCACAUUUCCGCUUGGACCCUGAUGGGUCACGAGUAUAUGGAAAUCAAGAAUACUGGUGGAGCUAUCAUGUCAUAUCGAUCAGCAAUCGAAUGUAAUAAAAAAGACUAUAGAGCUUGGUAUGGUCUUGGACAAACUUACGAAAUUCUUAAAAUGCCCGCCUAUUCCCUAUACUACUAUUCAAUUGCUAGAUCUUUGCGACCAGAUGACUCGCGAAUGAUUAUAGCUAUGGGUGAAACACUGGAAAAAUUAGAGCGACAUUCCGAAGCUAUCAAAUGUUAUUGGAAAGCAGGUGGCAUUGCUUUAGUAAAAUUAGCCGCACUCUACGAGAAAUUAGGAGAGAAAGAUAAAGCUGCCGCUGCUUAUAGUGAUUUUGUAGCUCAAACCGGAAACAUGUCAAAUCUAGAAGGUAACCCAGAUUUGCCAAAUGCUUAUAAAUUUUUAGCAAAUUAUUAUCUUUCAAAAAAAGAUUUCAAAAUGGCUCACAACGCUGCUCAACAAUGUCAACAAUAUGCAGAAACUCGAGAUGAAGGUAAACGUAUUUUAAAAGAGAUCGCUGGUCUUGUAAAAACUGGAGCCAAUCCAGCAAGCAGCUCAUUUGCUUUCAAACAGAUUAGUAUUGAUAAUGAAAGUAUUCAAUUACAAUUUUGAAUAAAUUUCGCAUCUACAAUCGUGUAUCGAGGAAAAAUUGCAUUAUAAUCAUCAAUACAGGUUAACAUUUGUAACAUAAUAAUUUUCACGAUCAUCCAUUUUCAAGACUGCACGAAUAACUAUUUUCCGUGAUUUCCAUUUUUCUUGAUAUGCCAAAACCUGCCUUUGAUUGAUUUAUCAAUUUCAAGAUUAAAAGUGAUUUCUAUUUUUGGAGAAGAAAUUGGUUUGUUUGGAUAAACCAUUCAAAAAUCAUCGUCCAUGUUCAUGAUUUCUUUUCGUUGCUCGUCCGUGAUAAUAGCCAUCAACUUAAAGCAAACUCAUCAGAUUACAAAAAUGAAAUUUUCAAAAUCUUCAAAUUUUAAAUCUCAGUUGUGAACAAUAAACAUGUGUUGUAUAAUUUA